AGAAAUCUCUGGGGAUUGUUUCAUUCGUACCGAGAACCUCAUUCGAAUAGGAGCUAAAAAGCCGCAGUGAAAUCAAAUAAUUAAAAUCUAUAUUUUUUAUUAUUAAUUGUAGAGAUUUUGAAAGUGAGAAACGAAAUGGAAAUUCCGCAAGAUCUUGUGCCACUUAUGAGCUGUGGGCAGUGCCGUCGACGCUACGACAUCGGUGCUGGAAUAGUGCCGAAGGAGAUGUCGUGCAAGCACAUUAUCUGCGGCGAGUGCGUGAUCUCCAACCAGUUUGGCGCCACCCAGGAGAUAGUGUGUCUCUUGUGCGGAGUUUGCACCCGUAUGCCACUCCAGGGGAUGCCGGAGCCACGUCACAUUAUGUUCCUUCUUCGUGAGAUGCCGGCUUUGCUUUUGGGCCGCGCCAUUAUGGGCUUCUCGGGCGGACGCGGCGACACCCUAGUGAACGAGAUGGAUACCCCAACACCCCAAGAAGAAGGCGAUGGCGGCAACUGGCUGAGGGCAAUCGAUGUGGAGAACUUUUUAGCGACCAACAGCGAGAAUUGCAUACUGCACUCGGUGCCUAAUAGUAUUUGGUGCCACAACUGCAAUCGACUAUUGUGCCGCGCCUGCUCCGAGGGGCUGCUGCACGUGGAGCACCGUAUGACCCGUCAGCUGGACUACAACCAUCUGCUGCGCCAGCUACUUGACAUCGAACUGGGCAAGAUCAGGAAUCUCGCCGUAAAGGCUGACGAAUAUUCUGUGCGCGAAAUGACCCUCUUGCGGCAGGUCUGCGAGGCGUGCUACCACGUCCAGUUGCAUGUCAAGCGCGGCAUGUUGGAGCACAAGCCGUCGAUGAUUGCUUGCCAGAUGCGGGGCUGGUGCCUCCGCUCCCAGAGGGACAUCAACCGAUCUUCCGGACAGCUUUCCGGAGCCGACAUGGUCCAGUUGCUAUACAAGCUGUGUGAGCAGCACCAGCGCUACAAAACUCAGCUGUUGGAGGUGAACUUCCAGUGCCGGAUGCGGGCAGCCAUCAACGAGAAUGGCAUGCAGGUCCUGGACUUUGAGAAGCUCAACGAGAGGCUCAUGAAGCUACGCAGCUUCACCAGUCCAGGCCCCAUUCCGCAUAACGUGGAUCCGCCACCGGCUCUGAUCCUAACCAACUACUGCGUGUUGGCCUACUGGAGUGAGUUGCAGCAGAACACGCUCCCGGUGCUGUGCCGUACUCCGCCACCGGUUCCCGAGCUGUUGCCUCAGUCGCGACGAGCGGUGGUGCCACCGAAUUUCAAUCGGCAGCGCCGGGACUUCGACGUUGUGGACCAUCUGGCUUAUCUAGACAUGAUGCAGGACCGUGUGCUGCAGCAACAUCCGCGGUAUUAUUCCCGGUAUGACGACUAUACUCCAGACCGUUCGGGCUCUGUGGAAUCCUCGGGUUCGGUUCCGCAGAGGGAGCCACAGCCGCAGAUGCCGGCAGGGCCAGCCCCGGAGCCUGAGAAAGAAGCCCCAGAACAAAGCCAGGCUCGAUUGGACCAGCAAUUCGAGCUGGCAAUGGAAAACUUUUCAAACAUCCAUUCCAGUCAGCAGCAACAUGCUUCCAUGAACGAUAGAUUGCGCGACUUGCGGAUACAGCAGGAUCCGGGCUUCAGGGCUCAGGUGCAGCAACAGGAGCAGUUGCAAGAGGCGCACGCCCAUGAGCGACGGCAACAAGAAGAGCAACAGCAACAGCAGCAGCAGGGGCAGAAUCUAGGGCCAUCAGCUCAGGAAUCAAGCUUUCAAGAACAGUUCAUGGGAGAGAGCCAUGAUUACCAGCAUCUUCCGCACUAUCAGUACUUAUCGGCCCAAUCCUGGAAUCCUUACUGGGCCAUGGAAGUAGAGCAGCAAUUGCACCAAUCGAACGGAAGGCGCUCCAACAGCAACACCACCACCACCAACACUAACACAAACGAGAACAACAACACUAACAACAAUAACAACAACAAUAACCAUUCCCCAGAAGAGCAGGAACCUGAACAGGAACCGGAUCAGGAGCCAGAAGAGGAAGAGGAUGAGGACACCAUCUCCGAGCCAGUACCUUUGCAGGAAGACUGGCCGGAAGAAUACUAAUCGAAGUACGACCAGAUGCUGCUCCCCGGAUGGCGGAGAACUUUGGGGCCCUCAUCCGACACGACUUUGGCUUCGGUUAUCGGGGAUGCAGAAUAUUUCAAGCCUGGGAGGAUGAGAGCAUAAUCAGUGGCGAUUUCGAAACAAAUAACGGACGGGGUGGACAUUCGGCAUUCGUCCAGCGAUACUUUAUGCCGGAGGACACUGGCCUGGUGGCCUUCCGGGGCACCGUUGGCAUGCGACGUGGCCAGAAACGACAGGACAACUGCGGCUACGUGGGCAGCCAGUUUCGGUUGGUGCUCAACGAGAUGCGCUCCUUUACGGCCAUUUUCGGAUACAUCAUCCAGGGCAUUGAGGUGGUCGAGAGAAUAGCAGCAACCGGCGAUUUCAUUGGACGUCCAGCCGUUAGGACAGUGAUCCGGAAUUGUAGCGAGUAUCGACUGAACGGCAAAAACUAUUAUACAACACAGCAUAGAAGUAACUUUUCGAAAUCCCCAAAGAACACAAUUAUAUUUUAACCAUCUUCAGUGAACACACACACACACACACACCCACCCACAACUUUUUGGCAUCUGUCGGUUAAGGUACGAAUUUUUGUAAACAAAUUUGCACGCUUUAUAAUCACGUCCGAAAAUAGAAAUUUUAAAAGCAAAUACAGAAGAAAACAAAAGCCAAUUUUUGAGACAGACUAAUGAAAUUUUUAUAAGCCGUUUACAAGACAAGUAUUAAGUCUUUUGGAUGCUAUUUAAAACACACCACACCAAAGAAUAACGAUGUAUAUCGAAAUAGGUAUAUGAAACUCGUCAUUUCACCCGAAGCUCCUUCAAAAACACAUACUAUAUUUAAGGAAAGACAAGCACUUGUUGCUGUCUGAGCGCUACAACGUUACCUGGACAUAGAAAGUUAGCUACAAUAAUGUUAAGAUAAGUGUGAAAUUAUAAUGGAAAGAUACUUUAGGCAGGACACAGAGCAGAGUACCUACGAAGGCAGUUUCGAAACUCUAAUCAUGAAAAAGGUGAAAAAAACAAUUAUCUGUCAUACAAAAUAUAUAAAUGUUUAUUAAAAUAUAUAUCUGAUGUUCAAUGUCUAAAUACAUAUAUCUAUAUGUGCAUUUGGUGUGGCCACAAUCGAGGCUCUAUAUGUGAUUUCAUGAAAACUAACGACCUAUAAGAAACCGCUUACAACUCUCGGAACUAUUGAACUUUAUCAAAACGAAAUUAUACGAAAUAUGCAAUAACUAUUAUAUGUUUUAAGAAUAUAUCGUCGAGAGGAUAUUGUUCCAACAAAAUGUAGUUAAAAAAUUGUAACAGAAAAGAACAGACAACCUUUAAGGUUCGUUCGGGAAGGGAAAGGAUUAGCUAGCGUGUAUUGGAGGUUUUAGGAAACGACUUUAAGAUUGUGAUCGGUAGGAUGCUCAAACGGCUUUAGGUUUAGGUUUAAUUUAUAAAAUAUCCAAUAAUCAUUAAUGUAUACCGGUGUGAACCAUCGCCAAGAAAUGGGAAUGGAAUGCUGGAUAUCUCGGAGCAAUGAUGCGUAGUACAAACCCAGAUGAAACGGAGGCAGAGUAGAGUGUUUAAUUGGUAUUUAUAGGAAAUGAUUGUCAUUGGUAGUAUAGAUAAGCAAGCCCAUUAUUCAUUGAUGUCUAAAUAUGCAAAUUAUUGGUGUGUUUAUGUGUGAUGGAUAUUAAUUCAAUAAACGUUGCCAAAAACUGAUUCUUUUCUUGGUGGGGGAAUCGGGGGAUUUCAGGUCAAGAAUCGAGGAAGUUGCACUCCAAUGGAAUACUCCAAAACUCACCUUAUAGAAGACAUCUGGAACAUAUUGUUUGUCCGUCGAUUCACGCACAUAGCCAAGCUCGGGC